UGGAAAAAAGGAGGUGCAGGGUCGCGCACGGGGGCGAGCACGCAGGAAGAGAUGCAUGCUUGCUGUGUUUCAUACUGUAGGCUUUUUGCCUGAUCUGGAAGACUUGGCGCCAAUCGCAUUAUCGCAGGGUGCCGGGGGUUUGGUGGCGGGACAGGAGGACGUGUGAUGAGACUGUAGGGCCUGCCAUGGAUAUUCGAAGAUUUUUUGGAGUAAGCCCAGUUGCCAAGAAAACCUCGAAUGAAAAAAUUGAUAAAAAAGAGAGAUCCAAUGAGAAGAUCGAUAAAAAAGCGAGAUCUAAAGCGUCUGAUGAAGUCCCAGAACGCAAAAGGUCAAAAGAUAAGUUGAAGAGUCCAGCCAGCGAUGAUGAUGCAAGGAAAAAGCAGCAAACUAAGAAGAAGAGGAGGGCGAUCAUUGACUCAGAUUCUGAAGAGGACACACCACCACCACCUAAGAAGUCUAAAAAACCUCAGGAGAUUUCGCCAACCAUUACAAAGCCUCUCAAAGUUAAAAAGCCAGACCCCGUUCGCUACGUCUCAGAUACAGAUGAAGAAGACUUUGAAACCUUGAAAAAGAAACCAAAAGAAAAUGGUAGAUCUGCAUUGCCCCUCCCUGCAAAGCCUCAAGUCACAGCCACAAAAAGCCAUGCUCCAGCCAAAGUCAAAACCCCAGAAAAGCGAAUGUGUACAUCAGUGGUGGAUUUCUUUGGCAUGAGCAACAUUAAACGAUCCAACAAGAAACUUGUGGAAGCCAAGAAAGAAGAGCCUCGGAAAAGCAGUGCUGACUCUUCAAUGGAUGAUGAAGCUGUUGCUAGACAGUUGCAGCUUGCAGAAGAUGAAGAGUUGGAAAGGCAACUCCAUGAAGAUGAGGAGUUUGCUCGGACAUUGGCAAUGCUAGAUGAUAUACCAAAGGCUAAGGGACUUAAAGUCAGCCCGAAGAAGCAAAGCUCAGCGGCUGCUGGGAUAAGCCCAGAAAAGGGUGAAAAAGGGAUUUCUCCAGGCAGAUCUUCUAGUCCACCAGAUAAAUCUUCUGUCAAAAUGGAGAAGGGUAUUAAAGAAGAAAAUAAGAAUUCUUCCCAUGCACCGUCUGAACCAUUAUUUUCACACAAAAGCAAAGCCUCUUCACAGAAGACUUCUCCAGUGAAAACCAGCUCCAAGCUGGCUCUAUUGAAACAAAAAGAUGACUCGCAGAAAAAGGAGAAAGAAAUAUCCAGCCCUGGAAAAUCCAAGGUUAUUUCUCCAAAGAGCGAGCAACCUAAAGCCAAGGAUAUCGCUCCAAAUAAAGAACAGCCUAAAGCCGCCAUGCUUAUCUCGCCAAAGAAAGAGGUGACCACACCAGUAAGAUCAUCUCAGAGGUAUUCGGAGACCAGUCCGGAAGAUUCUGAAAAGAAACGGGGUAACUAUAUGGCAUAUAGAAGUUAUCUCAGUCGAGAAGGCCCUAAAGCUUUGGGAUCCAAGGAUAUUCCUCAGGGUGCAGAUAACUGCAUGGAGGGGUUGACUUUUGUCAUAACUGGAGUCUUAGAGUCCAUAGAACGAGAUGAAGCCAAGUCUUUAGUUGAAAGAUAUGGUGGAAAGGUAACUGGAAAUGUCAGCAAAAAGACCAAUUACCUCAUCAUGGGCCGUGACGGAGGCGAGUCCAAACGUGAGAAGGCAGAAAGUAUGGGGACAAAGAUUCUUGAUGAGGAUGCCCUGUUUCAUUUAAUUCGCACCUUACCGGGGAAAAAAUCCAAGUAUGUAAUAGCAGCAGAAAAAGAGGGGAAAGUAAAAGUAGAAAAGACCCCAGAAAAGAAAAAAGUGGCAGAAGUGAAAAAACAAAGCCCGGCAAAGAGGAAAUUUACCCCCCAGAAAAGAGAAUCGCCACGGGGGAAGAAACUAGCAAUCGAUGCAGAGCUUUCAAGUGAUUAUAUAAAGACAAAUCUAAAACAGGAGGAGAAGCCAGUCUCCAUCAGAUCACUGGAAUCGGCAAAAACAAAGACGGAGAGUCUACUUUGGGUAGAUAAAUACAGACCAACAUCGCUAAAGGCGAUCAUAGGGCAGCAGGGAGAGCAGAGCUGUACUAAUAAGCUUAUUAGAUGGCUGAAAGACUGGCACAAAAACCAUUCCGGAGACAAGAAACCUGUUGCAAAAUAUAACAAAUUUGGAGCGAAGGAUGAUGGCUCUUCAUCUAAAGCAGCCCUGUUAUCUGGUCCACCAGGAGUCGGCAAAACCACAACGUCGGUGCUUGUGUGCGAGGAGCUUGGCUACAGUUACGUGGAGCUAAAUGCCAGUGACACCCGCAGCAAAAAAAGCAUGAACGAAGUGGUGGCAGAAUCGCUAAAUAAUACCAGCAUCAAAGGAUUUUAUUCAGGGACAAGCAAGUCCGUAACGAGCAAGCAUGUUCUGAUCAUGGAUGAAGUGGACGGUAUGGCAGGAAAUGAAGACCGAGGGGGUGUACAGGAGUUAAUCUCUCUGAUCAAACAAUCAAAGAUCCCGAUUAUAUGUAUGUGUAAUGAUCGAAAUCACCCUAAAAUCCGGUCACUGGCUAACUAUUGCUUCGACCUCCGAUUCCAGAGGCCCAGAGUGGAACAGAUUAAGGGGGCUAUGAUGUCUGUGGCAUUCAAGGAAGGAUUGAAGAUUCCACCACCAGCUAUGAAUGAAAUUAUCCUUGGGGCCAACCAAGACAUUCGGCAGGUUCUUCAUAACCUCAGUAUGUGGAGUGCCCGCGAUAAGGCCAUGACUUAUGAUGAAGCAAAGAAUAAUGCUAAAAAUGCCAAAAAGGACAUCAAAAUGGGUCCUUUUGAUGUCGUACGCAAGGUGUUUGGUUGUGAUGGAGACCAUUCCCACAUGACGCUUAUAGACAAGCUGGACCUUUUCUUCCAUGACUACUCGAUUGCACCUCUCUUUGUUCAGGAAAAUUAUAUCAAUGUGAAGCCAGCUGCGUCAGGUGGAAACCUGAAGAAACACUUACUACUGCUGAGCAAAACGGCUGAUAGCAUAUGCGAUGGUGACCUGGUAGACCGGGCUAUCCGCAGUAAGCAGACCUGGAGUCUCCUGCCCACGCAGGCCAUCUAUGCCAGUGUCCUGCCCGGGGAAUUGAUGAAGGGUUACAUGUCUCAACCUCCACAUUUUCCUAGCUGGCUUGGGAAAUAUUCUUCUACUGGGAAACACGAUCGUAUUACACAGGAGUUGGCUAUGCACAUGUCUUUAAGAACGCGGGCAAGUAGGGGUGCUUUGAAUCUGGAUUACCUGCCCUACAUGAGGGACAGACUAGUGCAGCCACUGAUAACCCAGGGCUCAGAUGGCGUGCAGGAAGUUGUGGACUUGAUGGACGCAUACUACUUGAUGAAGGAGGACUUUGAUAACAUUAUGGAGAUCUGCAGCUGGGGAGGAAAACCAAGUCCUUUCACCAAAGUUGACCCCAAGGUGAAAAGCGCUUUUACGCGCAGCUACAACAAAGAGGCUCAUCUUACCCCUUACUCUCUGCAAAUGGUAAAAGCCACUAAACGAGAAAUGUCCUCAUCACCUGAUAUGGAGUAUAGUGAGGAAGUGAAUAAUGAAGACAAUCCGGCUCAAGAAAAGGAAGAUGAUGUAGGCGGAGAUGCCAUGAUCAAGGCAAAAAAGGCAAAAACAACAUCAAAACCUUCCAAAACAUCCAAAGCAGAAAAGAGUGAAGACAAAAAAGCGAAGUCUAAACCAAAGGCUAAACCGAAGACUAAGAAGGCAAAGUGAUGAGUGUUCAGUGGACUCCAAACUCGCAUGCCCCUCCUUCAAGGAACUUUGGCUCCUCCUACAGAAUGAGACCGACGUGGGUGUAGAGAGACGUGGAGCAGUAGGCUCCCUUAUCAGAACUAGUGAUCCGUGUACAGUAGCAGGGAGAAGCUUUUUUUAAAGUGUACUAAUCAAGCAAAUUCAUCAAGCUUCCAUAUCUUCCCCUCCAGCACUUUCCUUUUCGAUGUACGUAUUUUACAGUCUUUGCUGCUCUUUUUUUGUACAUAGAAAAUUGAACAGAAUGUUUUUGUUUUGUAUGAUACUUUAAUAUAACUAUAUAUAUAAUUUCUCAUUAAAGUAGUAUAACGGAA